AUGUCCCCCAUCUCCAAAUGCUGCCAGGCAAGGCACGAAGGCUCAGGAGGCUUUUUGCCUCUGGUACACUUCUGGGGCCUCUCUCCAAAAAUGGUGACCUGGGGACCCAAGCACAGCUGCUCGUGGGCUUGCAGUGUCUCUGAGGAGACAGCGAGGACUCAGUGGUGCCUCUCCUGGAUGUACACAGAUGAUUUCAAGAGCUGGCACUACGGUGUCACGGGCUGUGAAGUCCCUCCAGGCAUGUGGCUGUGCUCUCUGCUUCCCCUCCUCGUGGGAUCUCUCUUUGGAGCCGCUCUUACUCCACCAACCAGCUGGCAGAUUCCAGGAAAGACCCCCCGCUUUGACCGUCCUGGGGACCUGGUCAUUGGGGGAAGCUUCUCCAUCUUUCAGUUGGAUGAGGUUCCUGUGUUCGACUUCAGUGCUCCACCUGCCUGGUUGGCAUCUUCCACUCUUUCACCAUGGAACUACUGUGUGGCCCAGAGUUUUGUAUUUGCCAUAGAGGAGAUCAACAGGGACCCUGACCUGCUGCCCAACCUCACACUGGGUUUCUCCAUCUGGAACUCAGGGGACUCAGCACACGGGGCCCUCCGUGAAACGAUGAGCUUUCUCACGGGUCAGGAAGAGCCAGUCCCCAACUACAUGUGUCAACCCAGCCCUCCCCGGCCUGCUCUGAUCGGAGACACACGGUCAGUCGUGUCUGUCCCCAUGGCCAGGCUUCUGGGGCUCUAUAAGUUCCCACAGGUCAGUCACUCAUCCUCAUUGGCCAGUCUCAGCGACAAGACCCAGUUUCCUUCCUUCCUUCGGACCCUUGCCAGUCUCCUCACAACCUCUCAUGUACUGGCCCAGCUGGUGCUCCACUUCCGCUGGUCCUGGGUGGGCGUUCUGGCACAGGAUGAUGACUUUGGGCAGCAGGGGAGCUCUCUGGUAACCCAGGAGCUGGGCCAGGCUGGGGUCUGCAUUGAGUUCCACCUGCACAUCCCCUCUCAGCAGUCCCUGGGGAAGACUGAUACCAUCAUCUACACCAUGGAGAGCUGCACUGCCACCGUCAUUCUGGUUUUUCUGAGCAACUCGAAUUUCCAGCUCAUCCUGCAAGGCUUACUGGAUCGUCAUCGUGUCUUGGGCAAGGUCUGGGUCAGCCAGGACACGCUGCAUAUCACGAUCGCCCUGAGCAUGCCAGGUGUCUCUCAAGUCCUGCAGAGUUCGUUCAGCCUUCGGCAGGACGCCCCUCAGGUCUUUGGAUUCCCUGAGUUUCUCGCUCACCUGCAUCCCACCCGCAGCCCAGAAGACAUGUUCAUAGAAAGGUUCUGGGAAGAGACCUUCAGGUGCACAUGGCCCCACAGGAUCCCAGGGCAGGAGAACAGCGCAGCAGCAGGGACCAUCCGGUUCUGCUCAGGGAAUGAGAGUCUGAGAGAUCAGAAGUAUCCUUUCCAGGAACUGUUUGAAUUGGACGCUGGAUAUACAGGAGUCUACAGCAUCGUCCAUGCCCUGCAGGACCUGCUAGCCUGUGAGCAUGAGGACGCAGCCUGUGCAGACCCUCAGCACUUACAGCCCUGGCAGCUUCUUUGUCCCUUAAGGAAAGUGCAUUUCAAGACUGCUGAUGGGAAAGAGAUCAUGUUUGAUAAGAAUGGAGAUUUGGUUAUACAAUAUGACAUUCUUCAUGGGCAGAAGUCAACAGAGGGCCUGUUUCACUUCGUUCACAUAGGCACAAUUGACCUUGGAGCCUCUUCAGGGGACAGAAUGACAGUCCGCUUGAUGAAGGAGGAGCUUCAGGUUCCCAGGUCUGUCUGCAGCAGGAGCUGUGCUCCAGGAUCCAGCCAGAUCCCCCGACAGGGAUUUCCCCACUGCUGUUUCAAGUGCAGCCCCUGCCCUGAUGGAGAGUUCGCAGACCAAGGAGAUAUGAAGAGAUGUCUCCUGUGCCCCAAGGAGCAGUAUUCAAACCCUGCCAGAGACCGCUGCCUACCCAGGAUCGAGACCUUCCUGGCCUUUGAUGAGCCCCUGGGUCUCACACUGGCCUUGGUAGCACUCAUGUUGGCCGCCCUGGCAGUGCUGGUCCUUGGGGUGUUCCUGAAGCACUGGGACACACCCGUGGUCAGGGCUAACAACAGAGCUCUCAGCUACACGCUCCUCAUCUCCCUGACCCUCUGUGCCCUCUGUCCCUUGCUCUUCCUCGGCCGACCCACUACUGCUACCUGCUUUCUACGCCAAACCACCUUUGCCAUCGUGUUCACCGUGGCUGGCUCCUCCCCGCCGCCGCGCCGCCAUCGCUCUCCAACGCCAGCACCGCCUCUAGCUCACGGAGCUCUAGCCGAAGAAGGGGGAUGUCACAGGGAAGAACGUAUUGCCAUCAAAGUGCCUUAUAGUACUACUUGGGUAGAGUGUCUUGAUGCUGGUCCUGGGUGGGUUCCGUAG